GUGCGCUCAUAGUCGAGUUUGUAUUUUUUUUGCGAGAAGAACGUCGUUUCGUUCGUUCGAUUUUGGAGAUGAUUUUGAUGCGUGUCGCGCGAAUGUUUUUGUGAAAAUCUGCAAGUGUUUUUCCGCGUUCCGGUUUUUGUGGGUGCGCGCGGGGGAAGUGUAAAUGGAUAACUCAUGUCUGGGAAAUCUUUGAUGGUGUUUUCUUUCUUGACAAAUUUCCGAUCAGUGUUGCAAAUCGAAAUGUGAGGAAAAUAAACAAAAUUUUCGCAUCAAUCCGUGAAAGAAAGGCCCAUAUAGCAGUAAGUGGCGGAUAGAAGAAACCGGGCCAGGCACACACGUUGUUUUCGAAGUUUUGGGAUGUUGCGUUAUCAUUGCUGCUUUCUGAAGCUGAUGGGUCAAACGAAGAAGUAUUUGAAAGCAGUGAUUCACGAAUUGCAGCUGUUCAAGAGUUGUACGAGUUGUUUGGAAAAUUAUUUCUCGAUAUGAGAGUGCAGAUUUCGGUAUGACAAGACGCCGCCGCCGCCGUGAGACACGACGACGACGAGAGAAAAGUGUGUUACAAUUUUAAUGGUAUUGAAUUCUUUUUUUUUUUAUCUCGGAUAUCAUUGUUUGUUCCCAACAAUUUAUUUGUUUAUAUCGCCGACCGGAACAGGUCGAAAGUGUGCGUGAGAGUUAUUCCGAAGCGAAAUUUUUUGGCAGCAAUGUGAAUAUUGUUACGCUGACCUUCUAAAUAAUAUUGUGCAAAUUUGACAGGUGCUAUCCUCGAAGGGUGCGUGUUGGUUGGUGGAUAAGGAAGCAAUAUAACGGAGGAAUGUUCGGUUGUAUUGGCUCGGAGAAUCGAUUUUCUUGGAAGCUAGAGCGAAAGGGAAUGAAAGCUUCUACAGAGUGCACCACGUGAAUGAGAGAUGUUGAGAGUGAUUUCGGGAGCAUAGUAGCCAUAGGCUUAGUAGAUAGCGGGCCAAGUGUCAAACGGUGAUGGAAACUGGAUUGCUUGGUUGAAAACAAUGUGACAAAUCAGUGUCAGUACCUGAUCUUGGAAUCGUCAUCGUAUCAACGCAUCGUGUAUAAUAAUAAUAUAGCUGAGCUGUGAAACUUGCUUUCGUCGUGUGAUAAGGAAGAUUGUGUAGUGUUUAUUUUUGAUACGGAGCUGGCGAUUUAAUGCUGUGUGUAGCAGAGAAGAGAUUAUUUAUCUGUAGUGCUGUGUGAUUCAUAGUGUGUCGUUAAGGAAUCUUUGCGCAAUACAUACAUGUGGUGUUGCUGUUGAGAUACAUCAUGAGUGGCAUAUCACCCAACAAAGUGCAUAUUUUUGUGUACAGCUUAAUCCGAAGAGAAGAGCUUUAGCAAUAACGCUUUUACGGUUGGCCCAAAAUCCUUCCUGGGAAGCUCGAGAUUACUAACCGAUCCCCGCAUAGUCAUGGCCGAAGAAUCAUCGAAACGCCAUAUUCCGGUGUGUCCUCCUCUGCCGAAGGAUCUGGUUAUGGCAAGCAGCAAACUACGACCGCCACCGCCCACCAUCAAAGCGGUGGAUCAGAAUCCGCUGAGCAAAAGCGGCGGUAACCUGCUUGUAGUUCGGUAUGAAGAUACCGGUCCACUGGCAAAUUGCCGUGACCAAAAUACGGUUUCCGUCUCGUUGGAGGAUAUACUGAAAACGUUCAACGCACCGAUAUCCGAGGAUCAGGCGUGGGCCCUCAUCUAUCAGAGUACACGCAUGUUCAAAGCUUGGCUACAGGAGACUGGCUGCCGGUUGCGGGAUUUGCGGCUGCCGGCCAAAACGAGACAUCUGAACGUGCACAAGGAUGGAAGUUGCUUCGUUACGGUUAGCGAUCAAGACAAAGACCUGUGCGUUGCUUCGUCCCAGAAAAAGAUCUUGCUCAAACUUGGAAUCGUCGUCUACACCGCACUUGACUACAACCUGCCCUCCAACGAGGAUUGUCCCAUGUCCCACGAUCUGGAGGAACUGAUCGAGUUCAUGACAGCCGAAGACAAUGACGAUGAAGGAAUUGAGCACGAUUCCGAAGAACCGGUAACGGAUGAGGAUGAGGCUGUCGUGGCAGAUCACAUAGGGGAAGACGACGACGAAGAGGAUGAAGAUAGACAUCAUCACCAGUGCAAUGGUGAUGGUGGCGGAGGCGGAGGAGGAGGACUAAACGAUGAUCAUCAUCGCUCAGAUAGCAGUAAAAGAAAAUUGCACCUCGAAACCAAAGAAUUGGAUCACGUGCUAGCGUUUUGUUCAUCACGUGUAUCACCAUCGAAACCGGAAGACCAUUAUCGGGCAGUGUGCCGAGCGUUGGCUACCGAAACCCUAGAGUUAAGAACGUUCCUACAGCGGGUAUGCCUGGGCGAUGCCGAGGUGCUCCGAUUGAAGGCCCAAGCGGAAACCUCCGGGAAGGUGCUGGAGAAGAUCCACUUUAACGAUUGGGCUCGCUUUUGGAUGCAAGUGGUAGACGAACUGCGGCGGGGAGUAAGGCUGAAAAAGAUCAACUUCUCCCGAACGCCGAUCGAGUACGAACUAACGCCAUACGAAAUCCUGAUGGAGGACAUCCGGUCCAGAAAGUACAAUCUUCGCAAGGUGAUGGUAAACGGUGACAUACCACCGACGGUGAAGCAAGACGCACACGCCGUUAUACUCGAGUUCAUACGAUCUCGACCACCGUUACGCAAGGCCUCCGAGCGGAAGCUCGCACCGCAACCACUGAAACGAGUAUCUUGCCCCCGGGAGCAACUGCUCGAUUCAAUCCGAAAAGGGCGUGUGCUGAAACCGGUGCAUCCCAAGCUGAAAACAAGACGCGUUACUUCUCUGAUUUCCAUCAUUUUCCCAAUGUCACCACAUCAUUACAUCAACCUCUUUUUACCAACCACACAAAUAGAUAGCGUAAAGAAAUCAUGUGAUGAAAUAGGAUCUAGCAGUAGCAGUAGUAGUAACAGCAGCAGCAGUAGCAGUAGCAAUAGCAAUAGUCACCAUCACCACCAGCAUAGCACAAGCAACGCACCAGCGGCGUCAGCGUCGGCGUCGGCGUCGGCUUCGGCGUCGGCUUCGGCUUCGGCUUCGGCAGCGACAACGACAGGCGGUAGCAGCAACAGUGCACUGGCAGCUGCGAGAGUAUCCGCUAUAUCUGCGGCGAUGUACGCCAACUCGCCCCGAAACACCCUAAGACUGAUACCAGUGGAUUUUUCGCUGUUUGAGGACGACGAUUUUAUAAUCGACACGGCACCGAACGGUGAUACCACGAGCACCAUGAUGGCAGGCACGAUGCUAACCGGCAGCGGAAGCAGCAGGGCACACGGUUCCAGUGGCAUCGGUGGUGGUGGCCGGUACGCCACACUGGCGGUCACCGGCAAACGUGGCCUCGGAGCAGCAUCCAGCGGUAGCAACGGGACGGCGGCAAGCGAUCGUAUCGACAGUACAAAUCUCAUCAAUAACGAGAACAACCAGAACAACAUCAACACCGUACUACGGCGGACAAAGAAUAUCAUUACACACGACGAGUACCAUAGGUUCUGUGAUAAAGCACUCGAAACGUACGACCUGGCAACGCAAUGUGAAUCCCGUCGUGCAUCCAUGCGUCGUCACACAAUCAUCGGGUGCAACCAAAAUUACAAACUGGAUCACCUGAGCAGUCAAUCGAUGCCUCCGUCGCGGCCAACUUCUCGACAAUCGGACCAUGGUCAGAAUCAGACCCUGCCGCUACAACAGCCUCAACAAUCGCAGCCACAGCAGCAGCAGCAGCAGCAGCUUGAUCCAAAAUCUGUGGUGGUCGCCGAGCUUGUCGGCGGUAGUGGCAGCAACAACAUCUCAUCGUUGGACACGUGGACCAAAAGUUCCCUCGACGAACACCAGUGGAAGGAUACGUUCAACCUGAACGAUCGGCUUUCGCUCACGCUGGAAGAGAUUGUACAUAUCCGGUCGGUCAUGACCAAAGCCGAACUGGAAGGGCUUCCGGUGGACGUGCACAUCAAGGAGGAUGUCGAGAAGCGGAAGGUGUGCUUCCUGUGCUUGCGAACGCGGUUCACGCUGUUUGCGCGGGGAAUCCUCUGCAAGCUCUGCCAGCGGACGGUUUGCAACAAGUGCAAUCAGAAGAUGCGAAUACCUACCGAACAUUUUCGAAAUGUUCCCGUGGUGCUACUGUCGCCAUCACUGAUGAACAGCCCCUGCACCUCGAAUACACCGUCACCCAGUCAUCAUGCGCAUGGUGGUGGAUCGGGUCCGCACAGUUUGGUGGAUGAGUCGUUUCCGCGGUCGCUGAUGGAGCGGCUACUGCGGCCUGAGUUAGACCGGAGGACUCGCAAUACAGUCGGUAGCGCUCCAUCGUCACCAAAGAACCAACGCUCGGCUUCCAGCACACCGGGCACCAGCCUGCAGGGUGAACCCCUAUCGCUUCCGCUGUCCCAUCCGGCAACAGCAACCACUAUGAACGGUGCCAAAGAAAGUACAACCGCAGCAAACAGCAGCCGGAGUUCGCUCAUGUCCCGUAGCAUGGAAGGACCGCACAGUCUACCGCCGCAAAGCCCCGCCCGGCCACACUCCAACAACAGCACACUGGAUCGAAGUUCUUCCAGGAAUCGAUUCGCCAAAGCGUUCACGCUGUCGGCGGCUGCGGCAACGCAAGGGUCCGCCCUCGAUCCCCAAAAGGAACGGCUCACCGGGGAACUGAUGGCUGUCUGCAACGACUGCCGCAGUCUGGUGCUGGAAAUCAUUCGUUCCUCGCGACAGACGCGAUCCUCCGCACAGAAUCAGGCAUUGCGCAACCUAACGCUGGAUCUUUCGCCCGUCUACAAACGCUAGAUCUCCUGCGAAAGAAAAAAAAAAACAAAUCUGUCUGUUUGUGUGCGUUUACAAUAUGUGUUUUCUCCUCCCUCUUCCGCGCAGCAACUUUCCCCCCAAAAGGUGCUAAUUUGUGCUCUAACAUUAGCGAAUCGUUUGAAGCGCAGCUUGAGACUUUGUUGAUUCGCGUUUCCCCAGUUGUGAAAAAUCAAAUUUGAAGCCGAACAAUCGUUGAGAAAAGUGAUUGAAUUCUAUUUAUCUUAUAUUUAUUCUGUAAUUUAUUACGAGAGUAUUCUUUAAUUUUCAAAAGUACUACUAACGUUUUACUAGGAUUUUUUUUUGAGUAGGAAUAAAUUUAGCACAUCGGGCAAGGCGUUCGAAUUAGUCUGAUCCCUCCGCUAACGUAAUAACCACAAGAUGCAGAUAGAUCUCUUCGGAAUUUUGAGAUGUUUGUUUAUUUUGUUUCGUUUUAGGUUUGAUUUGAACACUUUGAUUGAAGUACCUAUAUAUCUCACUAUCGAUUCUUUUUUUAUGUAUUCGAGUUCGCGUGUGUUUUUUGAAUUUGAUUUUUCGCAAUUUGCUUUGUUGGCAUUAUCAUCAUUAUCACUUCAAAAUUAGGCAUUAGCUGUUUUAUAACAUAAACACGAAAAACUAGAUGAUGAAAAAUGGUUAACCGAAACUACAAAACGCUUACACAAAUAUGCUUAAAAGUGUUACGAGGUUUGAUUGAGGGGCGCGAAACCGUCUCUUCGGGGACGUGGAAUAGGGAAAAAAAGGAUAGGGAAAUUGUAAUUGUAUAAAAUUGUAUCAAUACCACAUAUAAGUAGCCGUGACUUGUUGAAAUAAUAAAACAAAACAGAAUUCAAAAAAGGAUGAUGCAAGAAUACGUUA